AUGGGACAACAACAGUCUGGUUUUGGUGGGAAACAAAACGAUAAAGGAAGCGGAGACGGUGAUAAAGAGAAAAAAAGGAAAUAUGAGCCACCAAUUCCAACUAGAAUUGGAAAAAGGAAGAAGGGGUCUAAGGGACCAGACGCCGCUAGCAAGCUGCCGACUGUAACCCCCCAUGCGAGAUGCCGGCUGAAAUUGUUGAAAAAUGAGAGAAUCAAGGAUUAUUUGCUAAUGGAGCAAGAGUUUAUCCAAAAUCAAGAAAGACUUAAGCCACAGGAUGAACGUCAAGAGGAGGAACGCACCAAAGUUGAUGAAAUUCGCGGAACCCCUAUGGCUGUGGGCUCAAUUGAGGAAAUCAUUGAUGACCAUCACGCCAUUGUUUCAACUAACGUCGGAAGCGAACAUUAUGUCAACAUUCUCUCAUUCGUUGACAAAGAGCAACUCGAGCCCGGAUGCUCAGUUCUUCUCAACCAUAAGAAUCACGCUGUUAUUGGUAUUCUCAGCGAUGAUACUGAUCCAAUGGUUUCCGUCAUGAAACUGGAAAAGGCGCCACAAGAAACAUAUGCCGACGUCGGAGGCCUUGAUCAACAAAUUCAAGAGAUCAAAGAAGCUGUCGAGCUUCCACUUACUCACCCAGAAUACUAUGAAGAAAUGGGAAUCAAGCCACCAAAAGGUGUUAUUCUCUAUGGUUGUCCGGGUACUGGAAAGACGCUUUUGGCGAAAGCUGUAGCUAAUCAAACAUCGGCUACUUUCCUUCGAAUUGUUGGAUCAGAGCUUAUUCAAAAAUACCUCGGAGACGGUCCAAAAAUGGUUCGUGAACUGUUCAGAGUUGCAGAGGAAAAUGCUCCGUCAAUUGUUUUCAUCGAUGAAAUUGACGCUGUCGGUACGAAACGUUAUGACUCGAAUUCGGGUGGAGAACGUGAGAUCCAAAGAACUAUGCUUGAGCUUCUCAAUCAGUUAGACGGAUUUGACUCGCGCGGAGACGUCAAGGUUCUAAUGGCGACUAACCGUAUCGAAUCUCUCGAUCCUGCAUUGAUUCGUCCUGGUAGAAUUGAUCGUAAGAUCGAGUUCCCACUCCCUGAUGAAAAGACAAAACGCAGAAUCUUCCAGAUUCACACAUCUCGAAUGACUCUUGGCGACGACGUCAAUCUCGAGGAAUUCAUUACGGCUAAAGACGAAUUGAGCGGAGCUGACAUCAAAGCGAUGUGUACCGAAGCUGGAUUAUUGGCUCUUCGUGAACGCCGCAUGCGCGUAACUAUGGAAGAUUUCCAAAAAUCGAAGGAAAAUGUUCUUUAUCGUAAGAAGGAAGGAGCCCCCGAAGAAUUGUAUUUGUAA